UUAUAACUCGGUCGAUAUUUUCGUUUUUCUGCGAGUUAAAUAGAAAAAGACAUAAAAUAUUUUAAGAUUUUUGCACGAAAGGCGAACAAAAAGCAAACUAAUUUUUAUUUCGCGGUUUUCGAAAACACUAACAAUGUGCAAAUUAUAAGAAUAUCAAAAAUAUUUCGCAAAGAAAGAUCUACAACGACGUCUACGUCUUAAUUUUUCGCUUUAUGUGAAUGUUCAUUGUGUGGAAGUGCACGACAUUGAAGUUCCAUAACUGCUGAUUUGCUGCUGUCCGCUGCUGCUGUUGUUGUCGUCGUCGCCACCACAGCCAACAGUUAUAACCAUCACCACUAACCAGCCACCAGCCAAACACCGCUGUCGUUGCCGCUGUCUGUCCCUGGAGCUGUUUUUUUUAUUAUUAUUAUUAUUUUCUUGGAGUAGCCAGCCCACUAUUAUUCUUAUGAGCCAUUUGCAGAUCUUGGCAAAUUUACGGCGGUGUCAUUGAUUUGGCAACUAGACGUGUUCAAGGCAGACAGUUAUCGAAAGGUUGGUGGAAUUGUGGUUCUGUGGUAGGGGGAAAGUGUUGUCCCCCAUUUUCACGGCCGUAUAGUGGUGCUGCGUGUUGUGUGUGAGCCCAGUUAGUCAGUCAUUCAGUUAAUCGGCCAGCAGCCCCUACCAAACCGUUUGUGUUAUAGAGAAGCAGUUGCCAUUUGUUUCAUCCUGCAAUUGUAGGCGAAGGAGGAGGUGGAGGUGCAAGUAUUAAGCCCUUAGACGGCAAAGAACGAUGGUGAGCACCAAUCUUGUGGUGCCAGUUGUGUUGUGGGGGCCCUCGGCCCCCACCCAUUGUGUGUCCAGUGUUUUCCUUUCCGAUGACCACACUACUUUGGCCACAGGAUGUUACGAUGGGCAAAUAUGUUUGUGGCACGUGGAGCCAGUCACUUUGAAGAUGUCACCCCGCUGUCUGUUGGUGGGUCACACAGCACCAGUUUUGUGCCUGGUUCGAGCUUCCAUAAUGGCCGAUUGCAAUUUUCUGGUGAGCUCUUCAGAGAAUGGUGAGAUGUGUACCUGGGAUAUGACCGAUGGCAAAUGCAUGGAAUCCGUUAAACUGCCUCAGGUCCACACACAAAUACAGAGCUAUCACACAGCCAAUAGCAAUGAUGUACGUCUCUUCUGUAUUGGUUAUUAUCCUGAGAUAAUGGUAAUGGACCCCUUCAGUCUGGAGGUCAUCUACACACUGAGUUCAAAAGUAAAACCCGAUUGGAUAUCCGCCCUGCAUGUCUUAAGACCUAUGCGACGCAAAGACGAUGUUGUAUUGGCCAUAACCACCACGGGUACAGUGAAGGUGUGGACUUUGAUUGGCAGCGAGAACAAACAUGCUGAACCAAUUUAUGAAAAUGAAUCGAAAGAGAUUCGCUGUCUAAAUGCCAUCACCAUGAACUGCUGCUCACAAAAUCAACGAACGGUGCUAAUCGUCUGCACCAAAUAUUGGCAGAUUUAUGAUGCCGGUGAUUUCACAGUGCUCUGUUCGGUCAUUGCCCCUACUCGAGAGCGAUGGCAAGGUGGCGACUUCAUCAGUUCGGAUCGCGUGAUGCUUUGGACGGAUGAAGGCAAGGGUUACCUUUAUAAAUUACCGGCGAAUUGUAUACCAGACAAUAAAGAGUUCCAUUCGAAGAGUGUCAUACGCGAUGCACCAUACCUCUAUUAUGUGCUGCAGCAUCCAGGAGAUAAGGUGUUGUCCUGCCCUCCCGCCAUGAAGCUGUUGCGUAGCGAGCCUGAAGGCAAACCAGUGAGUCAUUGUUUACUGCGUGGCGAUUCGGAGGGAUUUAUCUCGGUGUGGACAGUUCCUGAUGUUCCUCUCGACAAUAUUAGUAUUCUGCAAGCAAAACAAAUGCCUCCGCGUACCCUUAAGCCGUCGGUGUGCACCUCUCUGAUAGAGGCUUGGUCCAUAAUGGAUCCUCCCCCUGUGGGCAUUUUAGAUCAGUUAGCCCGCAUAACCGAUCAUCCUGUAAAAUUGACAUCCAGUAUUUAUUUACCUCAACAAAGUCGUCUGGUUAUAGGUCGAGAGGAUGGGUCCAUUGUCAUAGUACCAGCUACCCAAACAGUUAUGAUGCAAUUACUGGUGGGCAUAAAGCAAAACUUCAGUGAAUGGCCCUCCCACCAGAUACUCUAUGGCCAUCGGGGGCGUGUGAACUGUUUGUUGUGCCCUUCUUUGGUGCAUCCCCGUUAUGAAAAGUCUCUUCUGUUGUCAGGUGGAGUAGAUUUUGCCGUCUGCCUAUGGGAUUUAUAUAGUGGAAGUCUGCUGCAUCGAUUUUGUGUCCAUGCAGGAGAGAUCACACAGUUGCUGGUACCUCCAGAGACAUGUAGUCCGCGUAUACUGAAGUGCAUUUGUUCAGUGGCCUCAGAUCACUCCGUCACGUUAUUGAGUUUGCAGGAACGAAAAUGCAUAACUUUGGCUAGUCGUCAUCUGUUCCCUGUAGUCACCAUCAAAUGGAGGCCUUUAGACGAUUUUCUUAUAGUCGGCUGCUCCGAUGGAUCGGUGUAUGUAUGGCAAAUGGAGACCGGCCAUUUAGAUCGUGUGCUACAUGGCAUGCUGGCCGAAGAAGUGUUAUCGGUGUGUGAUGAGCAGACUGCCGACGAUUCCAGUUGCAACACAAACGCCACAAAUUCGGAGGGUAUGGCCAAUCCUGCAGUUCACUUCUUCCGUGGCCUAAAAUCGCGCAAUAUGAACGCCAUCAGGCAUGCCACACAAAGAGGCAUUACCCAGUGGCAGCAGUUGCAUGGUCACAACCAAGGCAACUUUGACUUCCUAAUGAAACACCGCAGCAAUCCCCUCAUCAUUCAGGGCUUACGUACGAACCCCAAGGACGCCGAAAGCCACAUCCUCUUCUUCGAUAUCGAGGGACUUAUUUUUGAGCUGCACAGCGAGGAAUAUGCACAAAUGACUGCCACCGAGCUGGAAGCCCUGGGAGUGGUGUUUAACAAUCAGAAAGACAAAGCGUUGCAUGUUGAGGCCUCCAAGAAGAUCAGUGACUUCUUUGGCAAAGUUAAAAAUAAGGCAGGUGACAUGGAGAAAAUGUUGAAGGACAAAGACAAACAUGGCCUUGUGCAGAAGUUCAAAGAAAAGACAGAGAUUGUGGAAAAGAAAGUGCAGGCCAAGGUGCAGGAAAGUAUUCAAAAAGUGGUGGAGCCCCAAGAUACGCCUACCGACGACGGUAAAAGCGAUCUGCAAGCCAAAAUGGCCUCCAAGAUGGAGGUAACCCAUGUCAUGGAGGUGGCCCAGUUGUUGCUUUCGUUGCUGCACUCAUGGGGCCUAGAUCCCCAUUUGGACAAGGUGUGCGAAUCGCAAUUGGGUUUGCUAAGGCCGAUGGUGCCCGUUUCCUUUGGCAUUCUUUCGAAGGGUGGCUAUAUGUCACUGCUCCUUCCCACAUGGCAGAACAACUUUGAGCUGGGCGAGGGUGUUGUGGUACCAAGUAGCUCGAAAAAGCGAGACAUUCCAGCAGAAUUGCUCAGACAAGAACAACUUACUGUAGUCUUCACUUCCCGCCUGCACUGGGAGUUGAGUACAACCCUUACCUCCAAUCACAUAUUGGCCUUGGUGGCCAUGUCCAACACCUUGUUGUCAAUGAAUUCGGCCUCAUUUUUGCCUGAUAGCGAGCGCAGCAAAAAGCUUAUGCGUUUGGCGCAACGCAGCGACUCCACUUUGGCCACCGAGGAGGAACGUGAGGAAUUAAUUGCUCACCAUAUAUCACAAAUAAAACAAGGAUGGAGCCUUCUCUCCACUCAUCACUGUUUCCUAUUGCCCGAUAAAAUCGAAGCUCUAGAACCAAAGAAAUUCAAAAGACCCCAAGUUGAGAUGAUGGCCAAACGUUGGCAACAUCACUGCAUCGAAAUAAGAGAAGCCGCCCAACAGAUAUUACUGGGUGAACUGCGACGCAUGGGCAAAAGAGGUCGUAAGCAGUUGGUGGAGAGCUGGGCUCAAUAUCUGCCAAUGUUUACGCACACCGAACCCAUUGCUCAACAGUUUCAACAACAACAUGCGGCAGCCAAUGGGGCCAAUGGCCAUGCAAAUUCCUCGGCAAAUAUGUCUGGCGUCGCAAGUAUGGGCUCUAACGGCGAUGGCGAAGAGGACUAUGAGGAAGAAGAAGAGGAGAUAAUACGCAAGCCGUCCAGUCUAUCCGAACUGAAGAGAAAACAGACAACGGCUGUGAUAUUAUUGGGUGUCAUAGGAGCGGAAUUUGGUCAAGACAUAAACCAAGAUUCACCCGUUCGAGGCAGUAUUGGUUCGACGGCAGCCACCACAGCAGGAGAAAGGCGAAAAUCAUCUGUGGUGGAAGGUUUUGGUAUUGCCAAUAACUUGGCUCGUCUUACGUCCAUGGCGUUGGCCCAUCUUCUGUAUGCUCCUCCUACACCAAAAUUGCCUCAAUACACACCGUUACGAAGGGCAGCUAUAGACUUGCUGGGACGUGGCUUUACUGUGUGGGAACCCUAUUUGGAUGUAAGCAAAGUGCUGCUGGGGCUCUUAGAAUUGUCGUGUGAAGGCAAAUCAGUGCCCAAUCUGAAUUAUAAACUUCCGUUGACCCCCCAAGCAGAUGCCUGCCGUACAGCGAGACAUGCCUUGAGGCUGAUAGCAACAGCCCGUCCAGCAGCGUUCAUUACAACAAUGGCACGAGAGGUCGCCCGUUACAAUAGCAUGCAACAAAAUCCUCAAUCCAUUAAUGUGCCACUCACCCAAUCGGUUUUGUUCAAGGCCAAGGGAGAAAUUCUCCAAUGUGUGGAGAUGUUGAUCGACAAAAUGCAGGCCGAGAUUGCUAGUCUGCUGGUGGAAGUUAUGGAUAUAACACUGCAUUGUCUGGACAAUGCCGAGCUAAAGCAACGAGGCUUAGUCGAUGUGUGUCCCUCAAUAUGCCGUUUUAAUCAGGUGUCACAUUGUCAGCAGACGCGACGUAUUGCGGUGGGUGCCAUCAAUGGCCACCUGGCCAUCUAUGAGUUGAGACAAAAUAAAUGUCAGAUGAUACCGGCGCAUACACAUCCCAUAACCUCAUUGGCGUUCUCGCCCGAUGGCAAAUUUUUAGUCUCCUAUUCGUGCAAUGAGAAUCGCCUAUCGUUUUGGCAAACCAGCACAGGUAUGUUUGGCUUAGGCCAGUCCCAGACACGCUGUACCAAAGGUUAUUCCACGGCACCCAUACCCGAUGUGUCGCGUCUCAAUCCCAUGCGUUUGGCCAAACUGGUAUGGAUCAAUAAUCGCACUGUAACUCUAAUGCUAGCCGAUGGUUCGGAGACACGUUUCAAUGUCUAAGCAUUCAGGAUGUGUGCGAAUCGCCACAAUUAUGUGUACAAUCAAUGCAGAAGAAGACAUUUACCCAACGGUAUUAACAUGGACAUCUCCUCCACACAACGCCGGCUGGUAAGAAGAUGGAGAUGUAGAAAAUAAACUAAAAAAAACAGA